AUGCGAUCAUCGAUGCCGCGGUGUGCCGCUGCUGGUAAAACUCGUGCAGCGUCAUCGUCGAUACACGGUGAAAGUCGCUGGUGCAACGCGGAACUCUGUCCCCCAGCUCGAAUGGAGCCGCGCAAUUUGCGUCUCUCGUUGUUCCGUUCCACUCGAACCACUCUAGCCGUUCGUUUCGCCGAUAGAAUGGAUAGGAUAGGCCGACUGGCGGCCACCGCGGCGAUUAUCGCCGUUACAGCGCUGCUCCUGCCUCUCGCAGCGGCACAGGGUCGCGUGGAGGAGACGCAGAUGGACACGCACGAGGGUUCCACCGUGCAGCUGCAGUGCCGUUUUUCCCCGCCCAGGGAGAACGUGACGUGUUUCUGGUUGACGCACACCAACGACAAUCACGACAACGCGGCAAUCGACAAUCUAGCGUUGUCGCCGCAGUACAAGGUGUUCAUGAAUCUCGAGGAGGGCCGAUACGACCUUCAGAUUAGAAACGUCUCGUACGAGCGGGACAAUGGAAAGUACGAGUGCCGUGUAAAAGCAAGCGGCACAGGGCACGAUCUUCAUCGGAAAUUCAUCACUCUGACUGUCCUUCGUGCACCGGGACCACCUUCGAUCUCUCCCACUUCAGCGUCGGCGACCGAGGGUCAGAAACUGGAGUUACAGUGCAAUACUAACGGCGGUAGCCCCGAACCGGAAGUGAGAUGGUACCGCGGCAACGAGACCGCUAUUCUUCACUCCGGGCGAACGUUACUGGUGGAGCCGAAGAAAGAAGACGAUAGAGCUAGUUUCCGUUGCGUCGUGAGGAACAGAGCUAUGCGAGAGGGAGACACGCUGAACGCCACGGUCACUUUGGACGUGAAUUACUUCCCCAGAGUAACAGUAGGUCCAGAGAAUCCAUUGAAAGUCGAGGUGAACGGUACGGCGAAUCUCGAAUGUAGAGUCGACUCGAAACCAGUUGUAGCUAUGGUUAGAUGGUGGAGAGACGGUAGUUUCGUUGCUACCAGUUUCCAGCAUACCAUAAGAAGAGUCACCGUUCAAGAUUCCGGUAAAUACACCUGUCAGUCUGACAAUGGACUUGGUAAAAGAGGCGAGAGUUCUCUUCUACUAGACGUACUCUAUCCGCCGAAAGUUUCGAUCGAGGGAGAUCCUCUGAGGAUCGCCGAAGUCGAAGAUACUGUUACCGUACACUGCAACGUAACAGCGAAUCCAGCACCUUCUGUAAUCGAAUGGCUGCGAGACGGUCGACCGGACUUUCGACAACUUGGCUCGAUCUUACGAUUGAGCCGCGUCACGGCCGAUCACGCCGGAAAUUAUACCUGCCGCGCUGUGAACACGAUCCAUCCGUCCGGCGGGGAGAGAAGGAAUUAUUCAGCUUCGGCCAGGUUGACUGUUCGCGUACGACACAAACCUGGUCCGGCGAGAGUCACGCCAGACUCACCGGUUGCAGUCGAAGGAUCUAGAGUUAUCUUAACCUGUAUGGCUAGUCCAGCUGGUUACCCGGAGCCUAGGUACAAAUGGUGGAAGGAAGGAGAGUCUGGGACGAUCUCCAUGCCAUCGGAGAACACUGGACCGAGAUACGAGAUCGAUUCUGUCCACCUUGGUAGCGAGGGAACGUACAAGUGUCACGCUACCAAUGAAAUUGGCAACGGAGAGGCUGCGUCUGUUAAUCUCACCGUUCACCAACCACCAAAGAUCCUCACGAAGCUUCAACCACACGUAACCAGAAAGGUCGGAGAAUCCUCGUUCCAAGUGUCCUGCGUGGCGCAAGGGAAACCGAGACCGAGCGUGAGAUGGCUGAAGGACGACCAGGAGCUCACCGCUGACGAAAGACUGUACAAAGUGACUACAACAGCCUCGGAAGGCCACGGAAACGUGAUCACGGUGAAUUCUACCCUUAGUUUCUUGGGCCAUGCAAGGCCGCAGACAGACGAGAUCGUAGCCAGCGAUCGAGGGAAAUACACCUGUGUGUUCGUGAACGAAGUGAAGAAAGUCGAGUCGACGAUGAUGUUGAAAGUCGAACACGAGCCUAUAGCGUUGCAUCAACACGGGAAGGUCGCGUAUAAUCUGAGAGAAACAGCCGAGGUAGCCUGUAAAGUACAAGCCUGGCCUAAACCGGAGUUCCAAUGGAGCUUCGGUACGAACGCGGCUAGCCUGCAAGGUUCGUCCAGCGAUGGACACUACGAGAUCUCUACGAGCAGCGACAAUUACGACGUGUACAUAUCAGUACUAAGGAUAACGAACAUUAGAGAAUUAGACUACGGUGACUACAGUUGUAGAGCCGCGAAUGCUCAAGGAAGUAUCACUUCCACGAUCAGGUUGCAACCGAAAGGUGCACCGGAGAGACCGAUAAAUAUCUCGGCAAUGGACGUUGGUCCAACGCACGUAGCUUUGCUCUGGGAGUUAGGCUUCGACGGAGGAUUACCGAUCACCAAGUAUUUCGUCUCCUACAGAAGGGUACCAGGUGGAGAUGAAAUCGUGGCGCCUGAUUGCGCGGUACCAAGACCUCCGGCUGGUCAAUGGCUAGAGUUAGACUGUCGUAGAUCGAAUCCAUGCAACGUGACCAAUUUGGAGCAACAUCAGACGUACACGUUCAAGGUGAAGGUGUACAACACGAAGAAUCAUUCGGAUUACUCCGACGAAGUGACUGCAACAACCGCUGUCGCGAAGAUCCCGUCGCCGUUGAGGAUCAGUUACGAUCCUGAGAGCGGGAUGCUGGCCAUCAGUGUUGCAGCCACUUGCCUGUCGUUGGUGGCGUCGAUCGAGAAGUAUGACAGUCCCUCGUCGUCCAUGGACGAGUCUCAGUGGAGGAUUCUCGACGAGUGGCCUCUCGAAGUGCUCGGAAGCGCUCCUACGCAGAGGGAAGGCGUCCUCGACGACCCGGAGGCUCUUGAUACGGAACCUAGGCUCAGGGUUAGGCUAUGCCUAAAGGCAGACAGGCAGAAGUGUGGCGACUACGCGGAGGCUGAGAUUGGUCCAUCGUACAUAGCUCAGUCAGGAGCCCUGGCAACUCCAACAUUGAUAGCUCUAGUGGUUAGCGGAGCUGUGUUUCUACUGUUUGCGGCGUUGCUCUUGCUCUUUUGUCGGUGUCGACGAAAACACGCCACCAAGGCCAAGGACUACGAGAUGGACUCGAACGCGGUACGACCGAGUCUCGUCGCCGGAAACGGACAACAGAGCCAAGCACCACCACCCUACUACGCGGAGAACAAAGCGUUAGAACACAGUCUGGACCAUGCUUUAGCGAUGGAAGACUCGAAGACACCUGCUUACUCGCAGCCGGGCUACGGUUACCAUCAGCCCAACCACAAUAUCAAUGGCGUCAACAUGGGUUACAUGGACAACAGCUACUCGAACUCGAAUAACGGGGGCUCAGUGAACUCGCAAGAUUCCAUCUGGCAGAUGAAGUCAGCGGCGGCGAACGGCGUUGGCCAGCCCUACGAUCUUGCCGGCUAUGCAACCACCGAGUCGGAUUACCCGACCCACCCUCAUUACCUCCCACAGCGGGAGGACUACCGGGAGAGCCAUAAUCUAAGUCGACAGCAGUUUUGCUCCGAACCAUUCGCCACCGUCGUAAAGUCUCAAAAACACGUCGAUUCGCCGUACGACGUGUCCGGUCUACCGUAUCAGGAGAACUACGACGAGGAUGCGAAGCCACCUCAGCAGGUUAGCCUUUCGUACGACGAGAGCCUCGAAUCAGGUUAUUCCACCCCUAACAGCCGGGGACGGCGGAUCAUCCGUGAGAUAAUCGUUUGAGACCUG